UUUGUGUUUGCUUGUGUGUUUCUCUCUCCCUCUUUCCCCUGACCUGCAACGAUGUCCGUGUCUGGAAAGAAGGAAUUUGAUGUGAAACAGAUCUUGAGGCUUCGCUGGAGGUGGUUCAGUCACCCUUCACAGAGUUCCACAGGCACCGGAGGUUGCCUACAGCAGGAAGGAUAUGAGCAUAGAGGCACGCCGGUUCAGAACAGGCUGAAGAGCCACUCGCGGGACAGAAAUGGGCUGAAGAAAAACAACAGCCCAAUCCAUCACAACAUCUUGGCACCGGUGCCCAGCCCGACCCCGAUACACCACCGACCGAUUCAAACCUGGCACGGACAAAGCCUCAUCGAACAUCUGCAGGCAACUGAGGACACACCAGAAGCUGGCCCCGAGGAGAACUGUGAGAAAGACCAGUCGCACAAACACACACAGGACCCGCAGAUGAUCACAGAAGAUCACAACGAUGAGUCCGUCGAGAGGGUGUCAAUAAGCAGCUGCUCCCCUCCUUCAGGAGUGAACACCAACGGAUCAGACGAAUAUUUCCAUUCUGCGAAUCAUGCAGAGCAGACAUUCCGCAAGAUGGAGAGUUAUCUGCAGCAGAAGCAACUCUGUGAUGUUCUCCUCAUUGCCGGAGACCACAGGAUUCCAGCUCACAGGUUAGUUUUGAGCGCUGUGUCUGACUAUUUUGCUGCAAUGUUCACCAAUGAUGUCCGUGAAGCAAAAGAAGAGGAAAUAAAAAUGGAGGGUGUGGAUCCUGAUGCUCUGCAAGCACUUGUGCACUACGCCUACACAGGUGUCUUGGAACUCAAGGAAGACACCAUCGAGAGUUUGCUGGCUGCAGCUUGCCUCCUUCAGCUUCCACAAGUGAUUGAUGUUUGCUGCAACUUUCUUAUGAAGCAGCUUCACCCUUCAAACUGCUUAGGGAUCCGGUCCUUUGGAGACGCUCAGGGAUGCACUGAACUCUUGCGAGUGGCGCAUAUGUAUACCAUGGAACACUUCACCGAAGUAAUAAAAAAUCAGGAGUUUCUCUUGCUGCCGGCCAGCGAAAUUGCUAAACUCCUGUCCAGCGAUGACAUCAACGUUCCCGAUGAAGAAGCCAUAUUCAAGGCCUUAAUGAUGUGGGUUGGUCACGACCUGCAGAGCAGGCAGAGAGAGCUUGGGAUGCUUCUCUCCUAUAUCAGAUUGCCCCUGCUCUCCCCACAGCUCCUGGCAGAUCUGGAGAACAGUCCCAUGUUCACCAAUGACCUGGAGUGCCAGAAACUUCUCAUGGAAGCUAUGAAGUAUCACCUCCUACCAGAGAGGCGGUCUAUGAUGCAGAGCCCUCGUACCAAGCCGAGGAAAUCCACUGUGGGCUCCCUUUAUGCUGUGGGGGGCAUGGAUGCUACCAAAGGGACAACAACAAUUGAGAAAUACGACUUGAGGACAAACAGCUGGAUACAAAUUGGGACAAUGAAUGGGAGGCGGUUACAGUUCGGGGUAGCUGUGAUUGACAACAAACUCUACAUCGUGGGUGGGAGAGAUGGCUUGAAAACAUCCAAUACAGUGGAAUGCUUCAACCCAGUAACCAAAGCCUGGACGGUCAUGCCGCCCAUGUCAACUCACAGGCAUGGCUUGGGCGUAGCAAUGCUUGAAGGGCCAAUGUAUGCUGUUGGUGGCCAUGAUGGGUGGAGCUAUCUCAACACAGUUGAAAGAUGGGACCCCCAGGCACGGCAGUGGAACUACGUCGCCAGCAUGGCGACACCUCGGAGCACGGUGGGGGUUGCAGCACUGAACAGCAAGUUGUAUGCUGUUGGCGGGCGAGAUGGCAGCUCUUGCCUGAAAUCCAUGGAGUGUUUUGAUCCUCACACCAACAAGUGGAGCAUGUGUGCAUCAAUGUCAAAGCGGAGAGGAGGAGUUGGAGUUGCAACGUACAAUGGGCUCCUGUAUGCCGUGGGAGGCCAUGAUGCUCCGGCUUCAAAUCACUGCUCUCGGCUUUCUGAUUGUGUAGAAAGGUAA